CCCGCUUCGCCGCGUGAGGCGGGCCGCGUCCGCGCGCUGCGGUGGGAUGUUCGUGGCGCGCAGCAUUGCUGCGGAUCACCGCGACCUCAUCCACGAUGUCUCCUUCGACUUCCACGGGCGGCGCAUGGCCACGUGCUCCAGCGACCAGAGCGUCAAAGUCUGGGACAAAGGUGAAAAUGGGGAUUGGCACUGCACGGCCAGCUGGAAGACACAUAGUGGAUCUGUGUGGCGUGUGACAUGGGCCCAUCCUGAAUUUGGGCAGGUCCUGGCUUCCUGCUCUUUUGAUAGAACAGCAGCUGUAUGGGAAGAAAUAGUGGGAGAGUCAAAUGAUAAACUCCGAGGCCAGAGUCACUGGGUAAAGAGGACCACUCUAGUAGACAGUAGGACAUCUGUUACAGAUGUGAAGUUUGCUCCCAAGCAUAUGGGUCUUAUGUUAGCAACCUGUUCAGCAGAUGGUGUUGUAAGGAUUUAUGAAGCUCCAGAUGUGAUGAAUCUCAGUCAGUGGUCACUGCAGCAUGAAAUCUCAUGUAAGCUAAGCUGCAGUUGUAUUUCUUGGAAUCCCUCAAGUUCUCGAGCACAUUCUCCAAUGAUAGCUGUAGGAAGUGAUGACAACAGUCCAAAUAUAUUGGCUAAGGUUCAAAUUUAUGAAUAUAACGAAAACACCAGGAAAUACGCCAAAGCAGAAGCUCUGAUGACAGUCACAGAUCCUGUACAUGAUAUUGCCUUUGCUCCAAAUCUUGGAAGAUCCUUCCACAUCUUAGCUGUGGCAACCAAAGAUGUCCGAAUUUUCACACUAAAACCUCUAAGGAAAGAAUUGACUUCAUCUGGAGGAUUAACAAAAUUUGAAAUUCAUAUUGUGGCCCAGUUUGAUAAUCAUAACUCCCAGGUGUGGCGAGUGAGCUGGAAUAUUACAGGCACAGUGCUUGCUUCCUCUGGUGACGAUGGCUGUGUCAGGCUCUGGAAGGCUAAUUACAUGGACAACUGGAAGUGUACUGGUAUACUGAAAGGUAACGGGAGUCCAGUGAAUGGUAGUUCUCAGCAGGGAAUUUUUAAUGCCUCUCUAGGUUCUGCCAAUACAAGUCUACAGAAUUCACUAAAUGGAUCAUCUGCCAGCAGGUAUUUCUUUCCCCCUCUGGAUUCCCCACGGGCUGGAUCGAGAUGGUCCAGUCAUGCCCAGCUCCUUCCUCCUCCUCCUCUGAUAGAGCACUCUUGCGAUGCUGACACUGCCAACCUCCAGUAUCCUCACCCUCGCAGACGAUGUGUAUCUCGGCCUCUUAAUCUAUUACCUGAGAAUGAAGGGGUUUAACAUGUUACUUUAAACUCUGGGCCUUAUUCUGGUGUUUGUGAAUGCUUCCAUUUCUAGCUGCCUUCGUAUUUCUUCUCAUGUACAGAAGAUUUAAAAAAACUUGGGGGCUUUGCGCAUGUUUUGCAAACCAAACUACAAUGUUUGGACCAUGUUAAUUAUGUAUCAAAGAAACAUUUUGAUCUGUACCCUUUGAACUAUGGCAACACAUACAAACAGUAUUAGCCAUGAGCUAUUUAUGGAGUAGCUGACUUCAUGUGCCUUUUUUUUUUCUUUGUCUUUUUUUUUUUUUUUUUUAAUCAGCUCAGUAUGGGUUGAUUUUUUUUUUUUCCUUUUUGUAUAUUGCACCAACAAAUGUGAAAUAUAUUCAUAGAUUCUCAAAAUUAAACAUGCCUUCAAGAAAUUCUUGAGAACUAAAGGAUGAUAACUGGAUCACCUCACAAAAGCAAAACCGUUCCUGUGUAUACUGCAGCAAAAUAAUUUGGAGUGUUUGGUUACUUAAAAAUUUUCCAUCUUGCUGUAUAAAUAUUUAAAUUUUAUAAUUGUGAUUGAUUAAUAAAGUUAUUCUAAAAGGUC